CAAAAUUGGUUCCCGAGCGCGACUGCUGCCCUGCACACUGCGGGCUUCUUGGGGGGAACGGAGCGGCAGCUGCGCUUGCUAGGACCGAAUACGGCGGCGCCGCAGAACCGGAGCCUUGGGCAGCAGAACGGUGGAGGAACAACUGCUGAAUCUGUGCAAGAUGCCAGUGCCUCGAAACUCCAGGUCUGCCAACAGCAAGGGACUCCGAUCCAGCAAAACUCAACCCAUGGAGGGUACUAGAGUUGAAGCGGUUAGAGCUGUGGAGAGCCAAGAAGUGGACAAGGAGGAAACUAGCCAGGCAAAGAGAUCACCAUCUUCACCACAGGGAGCACCCAAAAAGCGGUCAGCUUUUGGAGAUCUCACCAAUGCUCACCAGAAUCAGCCUACACAGUCCAAGAAGGAGGUCAAGGGUACUGCUAAGAAGGUACUUAGGAGUGCAGUGGCUCAUGGUCUCCCCAAAAACAAUGAGAUCAUCUUGAAAAAGUCUGCCCCCAAAUCCCUUCCAGAGGAAGCCUCUGUCAGCUCUGAGUCUACUGUCAAGGAAGGGCUGAUGCCUGUGCAGGAAGAGGAGGCGCCUCUGCUGGUGGAGGAGGAGCCCAGUGUUGAAGGAGCCUCAGCUGCACAACCAGGACCAAGUGAGAUGUCCGGGAUGGAGAAUAUUGAAAAAGUUGAAGAGGACCCAUAUGCCAACACGGAAUAUGCCAAGGAAAUCUUCAAGUACAUGAGGAAAAGAGAGGAGGUCUUCCCAGUCUCAAACUACAUGGUCAAGCAGCAUGACAUCACCAAGGAUAUGAGAGCCAUACUGGUGGACUGGAUGGUGGAGGUACAGGAGAACUUUGAGCUGACCCAUGAGACCCUGUACUUGGCAGUGAAGUUGGUGGAUCACUACUUGAUGCAAGUGGUGUGCUUGAGGGACAAGUUACAACUGAUUGGAUCCACUGCUAUCCUGAUUGCAUCAAAAUUUGAGGAACGUUGCCCACCCUGCAUUGAUGAUUUCCUAUAUAUUUGUGAUGAUGCUUAUCAGCGAGAGGAGCUUCUCUCCAUGGAAGUCAGCAUCCUACACACCCUCAACUUUGAUAUUAAUAUUCCUAUUGCCUAUCGUUUCCUGCGCAGAUUUGCCAAGUGUGCCCACGUCAACAUGGAGACCCUGACCUUAGCCAGGUUCAUUUGUGAGUUAACUCUGCAGGAGUAUGACUAUGUCCAGGAGAGGGCCUCAAAGCUGGCUGCUAGCUGUUUCUUCUUGGCCCUCAAGAUGAAGAACAUUGGAAAGUGGACUCCCACAUUAGAACAUUACAGUGGAUACCGGAGCACAGAUCUCUUCUCCUUGGUCAAGAGACUCAACUUCCUGCUGACUUACCAGCGCCAUGACAAACUCAAGGCUGUGCGUACCAAGUACUCUCACAAAAUCUUCUUUGAAGUUGCUAAAACUCCUACCUUGGAUAUGCUGAAGCUGGAAGAAAGUCUGAAGAACUCAGUCUGAAGAACAAAGCAAGGACACCAUGUAGGGAGGUCCGGAGGCUAGCCUUGUAAAUAGACUGUAAAUAUUGUCCUGUCUUUGUCUCCUUGUCAGCUUGUUUGUCCUUUUCUUUUUCUGUCUGAAUUCAAGUUACUUUAAGAAAAAAAAGACUUUUAAAGAAAAAUAGUUCCAAUGUUUUGAUUAGAAACUAAAUAAAAUUUUGUUAAGUGCCUUCCCUCCCCUCUUAUUCUCCAGGGGCAAAUGAGGUGUCAGAGGGUAGAUAACAGCAGCCUCCUACCCUCUCUGGGGAAGAUGCCAAGGCUUCUUGGCAUAAUGCAGUUCCUUUCCUACUGGUAGCUGUCCCCAUGGCCUGCCUAUUCUAGCUUCUCCUUUUCUACCUCAAGCUCUCUUCUUUAAUUCUGUAGUCACAGCUCAAGGAGGGGGAAGUACUGCUACUCACAUAUUGAGUUUGAGAGCUUCCCAUGCCCAGUAAAUGGGUUUGAGAGUUGGAGCAGCCAGCAGUGCCCAUGAUACCCUGUGCUUUUACCUGGUAGUUUUCUGCAUUUGCAGAACAAUCUCCUUUUUCUUCAGUUUUGCUUUUAGUAGCUAGAAAGAAUUCCUAUAGUUGGUAGUUUAGAAAGUUGAGUAAUGGGCACGUUGGGGAGGGGAGUACAAAGCACCCUUUCCCUGGCUACCUAUGAAUUGGAAAUUUGUGUUUGUUUCUUCCAUUCCAUUUUAUUUGUGUGUAUGUGAUGUCAUUAAUGUGUUGGUCAGAGGUGCUUGUAGAGGCCUUUAAGUUGUGGCUAACACUUUGAAGUGAUCUGUGCCUUCUCAUGAUAUCUAUCUUUAAUGGCUGGGGAAAAAAAUCUAUGCCACAGGCCAUCCCUCAGGACCCAUGGGGGAUAGGGAUUGGAUAACAAAAUUCAAAUUGUGCCACAGCCUCAAAAUCCUAGUGGGAUUGGGAAGAGUAGGUUUGACAUAAUCGUGAUUCUGUGAACAAUAUGGCAUGAUUUUCCUUCUUUCUCUACCUCCCUCUGCUCAGAGGUGCUAAUGCACAACAAGUGGCUUAAGAAUUAGGCUGGGCUUGAGGCCAGCUGCUUUGAAAUGACAAUAGGAAAGCCAAGAUUCAUUAAAGGAGGAAGUUAGUUUGGUGCUGUUUCAUUUGAGUGGUCUGAUAUUAACCUCUUGGCUGAUAGAUAGCUUAGGGGUGAUCAUUUAUGUAAAAUUGAAGCACCUGCUUCCCAGGCCCUGUUCUGUUCUUUGUCUUCAGAAGCCACAUUGGAGGUUGUGAGACUGUGUUAUAGAGAGGGGUGCUGACCCUCAAAGAUGUUUCUGGAGUGUCAGUGCACCCCUCCUCCCCCUUCCGCCAGUUCUACAUUAUAAGGGGGUUGGGGCUGUUGCCUCUCUACCAGUUUCUGUCUACACUGCAGCAUUUUUGCUUUCACCCACUUUUGUGCAAGCCAAUACAGAUCUCACCCUCUGUGUCUUCCCUUUUACCAAACCCUUUAUCACCCUAGGAAUGAGAAAUACACCUGCACUGUGGCUUUUUUAGUAGCCCCCUUACACCUGGGUUCUGUGCACUGGCCUUUUAUUGUUACUAUUUAUGUUUCUGUGUAUGU